UUGGGUUGUUACACGGGGAGGCAUAGGGCUAAGUCGUCAGAUCUAUUUUAUAUGAAAGAAAUCAGAUCCUUGAUAAUGGGUACUUUAGAUCCGUACCCCAGCUCAUCAACUAGUAACUCAAAAAAGUGUAUGAAUAAUCCUAUGAAAUUCUCAAUUAAUAAGGAUGUAAUAAAAAAAGCUGAAAAUCAAGAUGUGAAUUCAAUUCAACGUAUCGUCGCAUAUGAUCACUUAGAAUUUGAAACAAGUGUUAUUGAGCAAGCUAAAAAUACUUUCAAGAGAAAUAACAGUCUUCAGAUCAGUGUGACAAGGGAAAGACUUUCUACUCUAGACGAUGAUAUAAUGUCUUCUCAACAUGAACUGAAAAAAAUGGAACUAUCACUUGAUACACUGCUCAGUCAGGUGUCUACUGAAGUGUCUAAUAGCAGUUUGGAAAAUAGGAAAAUACGUUCUUUAGAGUUGGAGAUAGAAACAAAGAUGAAGCUUAUUGACACUUUAAUAUCUAGAAAAUCCGCUCUGUUGAAUAAACUGUCUUCUUUAGAGAAGGCCAACUUUAUUUCAGAUGACAACGUUUCAAAACCAGAUGAAGAUUUGCUAAGUGUGAAUAUUGUGAAACCACUGUCCACAGAUGACUUUAAUUCUCCUAUAAAACACCUCAGUACAAAGUUAUAUAAAGUAAAACGUUGUGAAAACAAUGCUGUGGAACUGAAAAAGCUGUCUAAAUCUAAGCAUAAUGAUGAUGCUGAUAUAAAUGCGUUUCAGGAACGAUUGAGACGUCAAAGACGUACUGAAUUAUUAGAGGAGCAAUUAGCUAGAGAACAUGAGGUACCUUCUAGUAAUCCUUCUGAUGAAAAACUAGAUGGUGGAUUUUGUGUCCCGGGUUCUAUUUGGUGUCGAUUAUUUGAUUAUCAACAAAAAGGUGUCAAAUGGUUAUGGGAUCUUCAUCAAAAAGGAUAUGGUGGUAUUAUUGGAGAUGAGAUGGGUUUGGGAAAAACCAUACAGAUUAUUGCCUUACUAGCUGGAUUGCAUUAUUCGAACAUAGAAGAUAGAUCAUAUCGUUUAUAUCUAUCUACUCGUAAUCUAACUUCGGAAUGUCAGCAAGAAUUUUUAGGAUUAGGUCCGACCUUAAUUGUUUGUCCAGCUACAGUAUUAAACCAGUGGAUGUCAGAACUCCAUUCAUGGUGGCCUCCGAUUCGUGUGGCCAUAUUGCAUUCGACUGGAUCCGGCUAUGGAAAGCCAAAUAAACUUAUACAAAUGAUAACUAAUAAUCCAGGAAGUGUUCUUCUAACCACGUAUUCAACUCUAGUGACUUAUCGUGAUAUGCUAACAUCUCGAAAUUGGUCGUAUGUUAUACUGGAUGAAGGGCAUAAAAUAAAAAAUCCAGAAGCUGAGGCUACAUUAGCUGUUAAACAUUUUUCCACUCCUCAUCGUUUGAUUCUCUCUGGUAGUCCAAUUCAAAAUAAUCUACGUGAAUUAUGGUCACUUUUUGAUUUUGUGUGUCCUGGACGAUUAGGACCUUUGCCAGAAUUUAUGCAACAAUUUUCUAUACCAAUUACUCAGGGAGGUUAUGCUACCGCUUCACCACUUCAGGUUGAAACAGCUUAUCAAUGUGCAUGUACUUUACGAGAUCUUUUAAAACCCUAUCUCAUUCGAAGACUUAAAGCUGAUGUACAAAUUCAACUGCCAGCUAAAUCAGAACAAGUUUUGUUUUGCCGACUAACUGAUUAUCAGCGAAAACUCUAUCGAGAAUACUUAGAGUCUCAAGUAUGUCAAGAUUUACUAAAUGGAAAAGGCAAUAUUUUUCCUUCUUUAAUAUUAUUAAGAAAUUUAUGCAAUCAUCCAGAUUUAGCUACAGGUGGUCCAAGAGAUAGUUGUUUUCUAAAUGAAGAGUUUGAGUCUGAUAAACAAGGUAUUGAAAAUGUAUGCUUAUCUUAUUCAUGGUCAAGAUUUGGUUGCCCACGUAGAUCUAGUAAAAUGUUAGUUGUUGCUUCACUUCUUAAAAACUGGUAUGAUCAAGGACAUAAAGUUCUACUGUUUUCACAAAGUCGUCGUAUGCUUACAUUACUUGAACGUUUAGUACAGUUGAUGAAGUUUUCUUAUCUUAGAAUGGAUGGAACAACUCCUGUUAGCCAACGUCAUGAACUUAUUCGACGUUUCAAUUAUCGUUCAACAUCGGAUAGUGAGAAAAUAGAUAGGACAACAGAUCAGUUAGACAUAUUUCUAUUUUUAUUAACUACACGUGUUGGCGGUUUAGGUGUAAAUUUAACUUCAGCUAAUCGAGUACUUAUCUAUGACCCAGAUUGGAAUCCUACUACUGAUCUACAAGCUCGUGAAAGAGCAUGGCGUAUCGGACAAUCAAGAGAUGUUGUUAUUUAUCGUUUAUUGACAAGCGGUACUAUUGAAGAAAAAAUAUAUCAUAGACAAAUAUUCAAACAAUUUCUUACUAAUCGAAUUCUAAAAAAUCCACGUCAGCAGCGAUUUUUUAAAACAAACGACCUUCAAGAAUUAUUAACUUUUGAAGAUGAAUCAGAUAUACAAAUCCCAGAAACAGCUUUGUACUUGAAAUCGGAAGGUAUGGGUCAUACACUGACUAAUUCAUUAACCGAGAAUCGAUUUGAUAUACUUGCUAAAAAACUGAAAGAUAAUCCAUUGCAAAGCAAAUCAUCACGCGUGAAUACAGAGAUUAGUAGUGGUAGUGAUGUUGAUGAUGAUGAGAAGGAAGAGGAUGAAGAUGAAAAAGAAUCAAAGGUUUCUGUGGAUGACAAUUUUAUAAACACUUUGUUAUAUCCUGAUGCAAAAAAUAAGCGUACAGAACAACUUCGUCAACUUGCUAAAGAAAUAAGCCGUCGUAUAGCGGAGGAAUGUUCAAACAAAGAUAAUUCAGUUCAAUCGGUUACUAAGCAGUCUAAAGAAAUGACUUCAAACAAAUAUAGUUUAAAUCGCAAACGUAAAUCUGAUAACAAAGGGACACGGGUGGAUGGAAAACGAAUCAAGCUAGUAGCAAAACAGUGCAGGUAUGAUGUUGGUGAAGGCAUGGAUAUCUCUUUAUCUGGAAAUCAACUUGCUGAACCAACCAAAGCGACAAGCAGUAAUUCUGAAGAUGAUAACUUUAUUCAAAAUGUCUUAGCCAGUUCUUGUUUCAGUAGCAAUUACUUAUCCAGUAAUAAGCAAGACUACUCUACGGUUUCUUCCUUUAAGGAGAAGCGAUCAAUGAUAGAUCAAGAUACGCGUGAUGAAGCAAGUCGAGUUGCAAAAGAAGCUCUAAAGAAUAUUCAGAAAUUUCACCAAUCCAAUGAAAUGAAAUGUAAAGAGUCAUUUCGAAAAAAUAAAGAUGAUGUCGAAAAGGCAAAAAAUGGAAAAUCUUCGAAAAUUAAAUGUACAGAUCAUCAAGAUUUCCAUUCACUUUCUUCCCAUAAAUCAUUAAAAUUCACACAAAAAAUGUCCGCAAGCAGUUCACCGAUAUUUCGUCAAAUAACUCAAAUAGUACAUCAUGAUAAAUUAUUGGAUGAAAUGACUAAUCCAAAUCACAUUGAUUCUUCAUUUGACCAAUUGGCCGUGAAUCGAUUAGCGAAUAAAGCUAUUAUUACUUUAGAAGAAGAAGUCAAGCGUUGGCAGCAAAGUAAUAUCAGAUCUUUUUCUCAAACUACAGAAAUAACUCAACGUAGAUUAGUAUUUUAUCCUUUUGGUCAAGCUAAAAAUCGUUUCCUUUGGAAUCGAAAUGAAUCAACUAAUUGUGGUUAUAUUCAACUUUUACAAGCAUCAAGUGAUUUUGAAUGUUCAACUAAAAAAGCUUAUAAUGAAAAUUCAGCUAAUUUACAUGUUAGAUUUAGUUCAGAGUUACUUUUAAGUCUUAUACGUUCGCGUAAAAUCAUUCGUCAUAAUCAUUUACACAGUUCAUCUAGUACCGAAUCAGUUGAUUCUGUGUUAAAUCAUUCAAUGCAGCGUCUUUGUGCUGAACUUAUUCGAACACUUGGCAGUUCGAAUACUGUUACAAGUGAAUAUUUAGCAAUACAUUUUAAAUCUAUUCUGAAUGAGAACAAUGGUUGUACUACAGUAAAUAUUCGAAAUAACGCUACUGUUGUAAAUAGAAGUAUUACAUCCCGACAUUUUCGCUCUUUGCUUAAACAACUUGCAAUAAGACAUCGGUCAAAAUGUGAUCAAUCUCAACUGGAUUUACCUUCACGUGGUCGCUUGGAUGAUGUAUGGACUUUGCGUGAUAAAUUUCAGUCUAUUGCUAGUUAUCUCUUAGUAAACUUGGCAGUGGCAGAAAGGUUGGAUCAAUGA